AUGGGAGGGGGACGGAGAGAUGGCUGAGGACCUUUGCAAUUUAUGAACUUAAAACCUUAAUGAUACUGCAGUUUGUAGCAGCCAAAGUGAAGCCUUUAUUCCAGCAUGUGUCUGCUUCUCGGUGCCCCCGGUGUCGGGAAAACUUUGCUCAUGAAGAGGCUCCUAAAGCUCAGCUCUAAGGAUGCAGCUGAUAUGGGAGAUGCUCUACCAACGCAGCCUACAGUUGGUACUAAUCUGACUGAUCUGACAAUCCAGAAGGCACAUGUCACUGUGCGUGAAGUGGGCGGAUCCAUGGGACCCAUUUGGCCAAGUUAUUACAGAGACUGUAAAUCAGUGAUUUUUAUGGUUGAUGCUGCUAACCCAAACCAAGUGUCUGCAUCAUGUAUCCAGCUUCUGGCCGUGCUGUCUGCGGAGCCUUUGGUGUCUGCUUCAGUGCUGAUUCUUUUUAAUAAGAUAGACCUGCCAUGCUAUAUGUCAUUGGUGGAAAUAAAGUCACUGUUUAGAAUGGAUGACAUCAUUUCUUGUGCUAAGCAACAAAUUUCAGUCCUGCAAACAAGCUCACUAGAUGGCACUGGUUUACAAGAUGUUAUGCACUGGUUGCAUUCCAAUUGUGCUCAAUAACAUUCCCUUCACUGGCAAUGAAACAGUAUGCAGAAUGCACCACUUAAAUGUUGGAUGUACAGCAGUGUUUCCUGGGCAAAACAUUCUUAGCACUGUCCCAGUGAAGCCAUUUUCCCUUUCUUUGGAGCAGAGAAACAAUGGGAAGAAGUGUGUCUAUGUGUUUACAGUAGCAUUUUCUGCAGAAGGAGUUUGCAUCCAUUGCACACAUUUAGGUAUCAACCACAUUCAGCCUGAUGUGUCCAGAUAAAAUACAACCAAGGAUAUCUUUGAUACUUACUGAAGCAGUACUUCCUGCAUGAAUUGGGGACCAUUUCCAUGUCUUUAUCCAUGCCAGGGUCUUACAAACAUUGGUACGGGAUUAACAGAAACAUAAGAAGAGAUGCUGCAAGUUUUGGCAUCACUUUCUCCAUCCACUUUCCACUGUCACUCAUUUACAGUUACCACAUAUUAAGAAUGGGUCCAUUGAAGGUCAAAGCCUCUUUCAGCUGGAAUUAAGAGUCUUAUUUGAUAAGCUAUGAUUACAAUUAUGAACAUUAAUACAAAUGAUUAAAGUUGAAUAUGUUUUAUGUGGUUUUUUUAAUACAAAAUUGUAAUAAAAGUGUAAACCUUUAAUUGUAAAAA